AGCGAAACCCUAGUUCUUCAGGUAACAGCUUAGGAGUCGGUCCUCAUUUUCCUGUGGUUGCAAUGGCGAACAAGAAGAACCUUUUGCUUCUCCUUCAAAAUCCCACCGAACCAUGUUUCAUGGCCAAAGGGGAGAAGAAUUCCGUAUUUGAUAUGCCAACUGACUAUUUGCCUCCACAAUAUCAACACCUGGGCGUGCAGCUGUUCAACCGAUUUGGCGAAGAAGCGGGCGAGAGAAUUCCGGUUAAGAAAAUUUCUUUGCCCAGUUUAGGAAAGAUUCUUAAUUUACCACGUCAUGCUAAUUUCUCUCUGUUUCUUCCGUUCCAUAGGCAGAUUGCGGGACAACUGAUUGAUAUCUUUAUGGGAAUGAGGAAUAUCGACGAGUUACAAUCGAUGGCAGUUUACGCUCGUGAUCGCGUCAACCCUUACCUCUUCAACUACUGUCUGUCCGUCGCACUCCUUCACCGACCGGAUACGCAGGACUUGGAUUUACCGUCGUUCAUGCAGUCUUUCCCCGACAAGUUCCUCGACAGCAAGACGUUUUCCAAGGUCCGAGAGGAAGCGACAAUUGUACCGACCGGUUCUAGAUUGCCGAUCGAGAUCCCAAUCGACUUCACCGCGUCGAACCUGGAGGAAGAGCACCGCGUCGCCUACUUCCGCGAAGACGUCGGCCUUAAUCUCCACCACUGGCACUGGCACUUGGUCUACCCAUUCAACGGACCCAGAGAGAUCGUCAACAAGAAUCGUCGAGGCGAGCUCUUCUACUACAUGCACCAGCAAAUCAUGGCCAGAUAUAACUUCGAGCGCUUCUCCAACUCUUUGAAGCGAGUCACCCGCUUGGUCGACUGGCGUGCACCAAUCACCGAGGCGUACUUUCCGAAACUGGACAGCAUGGUGGCCAGUCGAUCUUAUCCGGCUCGGGUCGCGAACCAAACGCUGAAGGAUCUAAAUAGGGAGCAAGAUCAAGUUAAGGCCGACAUUGGAACAAUGGAACGUUGGAGGGACAGAAUCAUUGCGGCUAUCAAUUCCGGGGUCAUCCAAGACGAAAGGGGCAAUAACGUCACACUUACCGAAUUCGAAGGUAUCGACGUUCUUGGCAACAUGAUUGAAUCUAGCAUCAUCUCACCGAACAGAGCUUUCUAUGGAGACCUCCACAACUAUGGCCACGUGUUCAUCUCGUACUGUCACGACCCUGAUCAUCGUCACUUGGAAUCAUUCGGUGUAAUUGGCGACUCGACAACCGCAAUGCGGGAUCCUGCAUUUUACCGAUGGCACGCGUACAUUGACUACAUCUUCCAACAGCUGAAAGACUCGCUACCAAGGUACACAGUGAAUCAGUUAAAUUAUGACGGGGUUACGGUUACAUCCUGCUCGGUGCAAGCGCAAGGGGCGCCGCAAAACGAACUGCAAACUUUUUGGCAACAAUCCGACGUCGAUCUUUCACGCGGCAUGGACUUCCAACCUCGUGGCUCCGUCUUCGUCAGAUUCACCCACUUGAAUCACCGAGCCUUCAACUACACCAUCAACGUGAAUAACACAGGAGGUGCGCGUCAGGGGACGUGCAGAAUUUUCAUCGCACCUGCCGCCGACGAGAGAGGCAACCCUUGGUUAUUCCAAGAUCAGAAGGGAUUGUUUGUGGAGUUGGAUCGUUUUGUAGUAAACCUGAGACAGGGUCAGAACACCAUUACUCGCCGAUCGGAUCAGUCUUCCGUGACCAUUCCCUUCGAGCGAACCUUCCGUAACCUAGAAGCGAAUAGGCCCGCGGGAGGUGACGCACUGGAACAAUUUAAUUUCUGCGGAUGCGGAUGGCCCCAACACUUGCUCAUAGCGAAGGGCACUCCCGAAGGAUUGCGCUGCCAUCUCUUUGUCAUGAUAUCGAACUAUGCAGACGACAGGGUUGUUCAAGAUACCCAGGUGCCGUGUAACGACGCGUCAAGCUAUUGCGGUAUUAAGGACAGGCUGUAUCCCGAUCGCCGUUCCAUGGGUUAUCCAUUUGAUAGAGCACCACGUGACGGUGUUAGCACCUUGCAACAAUUUCUUACUUCAAACAUGAGAGUGCAACCGGUUACUAUUCGUUUCACGGGCCGCACCGAACGUCGUCAAUAAUAAAUUAACCGCUGGACUCCUGACUGAUGUGAUUUUUUAGUUGCCAAUGUAUAUUAAUUUAGCAAUAAGUUCGUCGAUUUAUGUAUAUAAUAUGUACCUAUAUUAAGCAGUCUUAUGUAUAUUAUAUUUUAUUAUGUUGACUUUA